CGUUGGAAGAGUUUACCAUGGAGCGUUGUCGUUUGGAUGCUGGCAAGCCAAUUUUAUGGGUCCAUGCUGUGAAACGCAGAGGAGCCAUGCCCCAAGAAAAGGAAGACCAUGAAGAUAGAAACAACCAAAUAGUCUGUCCAUUUAAGUCUCAGGUAGCCUUUUAGCAGAAAAUUGCAAAUGGACAAUGUUUUGGGGCGAGAUAUGAUAAGUGAUCUGCCUCUAAGCAUCAUAGAAACAAUCCUUACAAAGUUGUCAAUAGGGGAUGCUGUGAGAACCAGCAUUUUGUCAAGUAAAUGGAGGUAUAGAUGGGCUACCCUUACGCAACUUGUAUUUGAUGACAAAUGUGUGUCUCUCUCUAAUGACAGCGCUAAUGCCGAGAACAACCUUGUAAAGUUUGUCACUCGAUUUCUUUUUCUUCAUGAUGGACCUAUUCACCAGUUUGCACUAUCUACUUCAUUCUCGCACAGCUCUCCUGAUAUAGAUCAAUGGCUGCUUUUUCUUUCUCGGAAAGAUAUUAAAGAAUUGAUUCUUGAAUUAGGUGAAGGUGAGUGGUUUAGGGCACCUUCUUGUCUUUUUUCCUGUCGAAAAUUGACUCGUUUAGAGCUAGUUCGAUGUGAACUGGACCCUCCUCUGAGUUUUAAAGGAUUUUUAUGUUUGAGGUACCUCAAUCUUCAGCAAGUUUUGGUUGCCCCUGAUGUAAUUGAAAGUCUUAUUUCAAGUUGUCCUCUUCUUGAGAGUUUAACUUUGUCAUACUUCGAUAGUUUAGCUCUCACUGUCCGUGCUCCAAAUCUCAAGUACUUAAUUUUGGAAGGUGAAUUCAAAGACAUUAUUCUCGAGAAUACCCCACUUUUGGUUGCUAUUUCUGUUGCUAUGUAUAUGACUGACGAUAUUGCAGAACACUUUGAGCAAAGCUCAAGUUGCAAUUUUGACAAGUUUCUUGGUGGUGUACCAUGUCUUGAGAGGCUCAUUGGGCACAUCUACUUCACAAAGGUAAGAUGUUUUAUCUGUAUUCCUUUCUCUAAGUUAAGAAAUUGGGAGAAAUUUGUUGUCUUUUUUAAUUCUCUCUUUCUUUGGUGGAAGUAGGUGUAGGUAAUUAGCUAGGAGACUUCUAUUUUCUUAUAUUUUUCCUUCUAUUUCAAGUAUUUGAGUAUAGGAAAUGACCUUGGAAUUAUCCCAAUUACUUAUAGCCACUUAAAGAUCAUUGAAUUGUAUCAAGUGAGUUUUGAAGACAUGAAAGAGGUAUUGGUUGUUCUUCGCUUGAUUGUGAGCUCUCCUAAUUUACAAGAACUUCAAAUCUCGGUGAGUAUUCUUAAACAUGUGAAAGGUACAUGUUUCUAGCACCAUAAUCGUACCCGAGAUUCAUACUUCUAGUAAUGGUGUCACUUGUCUUUUCCCCCUUUGGUUUCUAUAGGGUUCCUCCAAUGCAAGUGUUGCAAUAGAAGCUCCUGAUUUGGAUUUCUGGGAGAAAGAAUGCCCUUCUGAUUACACAUUGAAUCGACUGAAAACUGUGAAGAUGACUGAUAUGUCUGGCGUGCCACAUGAAAUGGGCUUUAUCAAAUUUUUACUUGGAAAGUCACCGAUGCUGGACAUAAUGAGCAUCACUCCAAGCGUAUAUGUUACGAGUGGAAAAUUGAAUAUGUUGAUAGAGUUGGUGAGGUUUCGACGAGCUUCUGCACAAGCUGAAAUUGUAUUCAUUCAAGAUCAAGUAUAGAUUACAGUUUUUAUGUAAAUUCUUUUCUUGUGCAAUUUGUUUUUUUCAUUCUUCUCUGUUAGUUCUUUAUUGUAGAAUGCUGUUAGUUAUAUAAAUUACAGAAAUUGUAAUCCAAAAGAU